AUGGGAAAACGAAGCAAAAGCAGCCGGUCCGGGCGAACCACGACCGCCGGCAAGGUGUUUUCGUCCAAGCGAGCCACGUCGUACAAAAACGAAACCGAGCCCUCCAAGCCCGUACCCAAGUCUCGAGGCAAGCAUGCUCUGUUGAACGCCUUUGAAAUCGCCGAGGCUGAGGAGCGAAAGAAGGCCCGUAAGAACGGGGAGGAGUACUCCGACGACUCCGAGGAUCACGACAUUGACGAUGUUUACGAUGACGGUAUUGUUCGGUUCAACAAGGACGGAACUAGAAAGGUGUAUCAGCCUGGCGAUGAGGAGGAGGAGGAAGACGACUCGGAAAUCGACUCUGACGAGGCGUUUGGCUCUGACGACGGCGACGAGGAGAUUCUGGACUCUUUCGGCGUCAAGUCCAAGGCCAAGGCCAAGUUCAAGGCCAUGGAGGACGAGUACGACUCUGUGGACGAGGAGGAGUUUGUGGAUCUUUCCGAGGCCUGGGAUCUGGACGAUCGUCAGCAGGAGAACCUCAAGAAGAAGAGCGGUGAGAAGGCUGCCCAAAAGGAGGAUGCAAAGAAGAGCUCAAAGACCAAGGCUACCACUUCUUUCAAUCUUCAGGAGGAGGAGGAUGACGAGUCACAUGGAGAUGAUGAGUCUGAGGAGGGAGGAUCUGAGCAGGAACAGGAUGCGGAUUCCGAGGACGUUUCUGACGGAGAGGAGAUCGACUCUGAUAACGACGACGAUUCUGAUGACGGUGACGACGACUCUGAUGAGGAGGACUCGGACGGAUCUGUCUUUUCCGAUAUCGAUACCGAGUUUGAUGAGGAGAAGGCCGACAAGCUUCGAUCUCUCAUUUCCAACAUGUACGAGAACGACGAGGAUGCUGAGUACGAGAAACGACGACGAUACGAGAACAACAACCAAGAGGAAAAUGAGUUUGGCGUGACAGUGUCGAAAAAGAACAAUGAUGGCAAGCUGUCUCUUUCGGACCUGACUUCAGGUGUGGACAAGAAGGCAGCUGCUAGUCUGUCUCUUCUUGGCAAGCCCGACGGCAAGUCCAAAAACAAGCCCCAACAUGUGGCUGUGCCUCUCAGUAAACGUCUCCAGGACAAGGUGGAACGUAAGGCAGCUCUUGAUCUGACGCGAGAGGAGCUGACCAAGUUCGACGACCUGAUUGCCCAGGACGAGGAUGCUGAGCAUCUGGUUUUCCCCCGUCUUCCCGUCUACGACUCUGAUGAGGAGGCCAAGCAGCUGCCCAACACCGGUAUUUCUGCGCUGGCCCCCGAGAGUGCUAUGGAGAAGAAGAUUGCCGGUAUCCUCAAGACUUCUGCUCUUGCCGACGAGUCGCAGGCACAAAAGUUUGAGGAGCUGGCCACCAAAAACAUGUCUAUGGAGGAGCUAGCUGCCCGACGAAACGAGCUUCGACGAAUGCGAGAGCUAAUGUUCCGAGAGGAGCAAAAGGCGCGGCGAAUCAAGAAGAUCAAGUCCAAAACGUACCGAAAGAUCCACAAGCGAGAGCGAGAACGGCUCCGAGACGCCAUGAUGUCCGACGAGGAGAGUGACCAGGAGGACCACGACAUCAAGCGAGCUCAGGAGCGAAUGUCGCUCAAGCACAAGAACCAGGGCAAGUGGGCCAAGCGAAUGGUAUCGCAGGGUCUGACCAAGGAUGCCGAGACUCGAGGAGAGAUGGAGGAGAUGCUUCGACGAGGUGAAAGUCUGCGAAAGAAGAUGUCUGCUCGGGACGACAACGAUGGCGACGAGCAGAUUGACUCUAAUCUGGGCGACGACCAGUUUCUGUCCCAGAACAGAGACGCUCUGGUUGAUCCUGAUGAGCCUGCUGAGGGAGCUAAUCUGGGCAAGGGUCUGCUUGGCAUGAAGUUCAUGCGAGAGGCUGAGGCUCGUCAGAAGACGGAGAACCAGCAGCGAAUCCAGGAGCUCGAUCGAGCCAAGGCCAACUGGGAACUUGGGCAGAGUGACGACGAGGACGAAGGUCGAGUUGACACUGCCAACGAGAUUCUCAACCAGGGUCGACGAAAGUACGCGCCCGGAACCAAACGGUCUAUUGCCGAUGUGCUUGCUGUCAAGAUUGACUCUGAGCGAAAGGCUGAUCUUCAGUCUGAUGAUGAUGAGGAUGAUAAUGACGACAGAGAUAACGACAACGUGACUACUGUGGUCAAGAGCGACAAAAAGAAGGAAGGAGGUGCACAGGACGACGAUUCUGAUUCAGAUGACGACGCCUCCAACCCCUGGUUCACCGAAACCAACAUCCACAAGAGCAACAAGGUCAAGCCUGUGAUGGAGGCUGAGGCUUCUGCACGAGACCGGCUGGCCCACAAGGUGGCCAAGCAUCAGAGCCGGGUGGUGGAGAGUGCGAAGAGCAAAAAGGCCCGCAAGCAAGAUAACAUUCUCAUUGACACUUCCGAUACUCUUGAUCUCGUGACUCAGGAUCGAGAGGCCGACACUGACAAGGGUAUCUCUUUCAAGCAGGAUAUGAUCAAGCGGGCCUUUGCAGGAGACGAUAUCGUCGAGGAAGAGUUCAUGGCCGAAAAGAGACAGCGAAUCGCCGACGAAGGAGAUCAGGAAAUCGACAUGACCCUGCCCGGGUGGGGAGGCUGGGGAGGAGAGGGCAUGAAGGCGCCCAAGAAGCGGUUUGUCAAGAAGAUCCAGGGUGUGGCCGUCGAGAAGCGUCAGGAUCGAGAUCUCAAGAACGUGAUCAUUUCGGAAAAGUCGGACAAAAAGUCGGACAAGUACCAGGUCAAGUCGGUCCCCUAUCCCUUCGAGUCUGUCGAGCAGUACGAGGCCUACCUCAAGAUGCCCAUGGGCCAGCAGUGGACCACGGAGACUACCCACCAGAAGCUCAUCAAGCCCCGAGUCAUUGUCAAGCCCGGAGCUAUCAUCAACCCUCUGGAUGCUCCUCAAAAGUAG